AUGUCCAAUGAUUCUAACAACGCUUUCAACGCCCCUUUUGGUGUUGAACAAUCUCAAAUCAAUACGAAGCUUCUCGACCCACGCUUCUUUACUACUACAACAACCACAGUUGCUCCCACUAUGUAUUCUGUUGCAAAUAUGCCGUUGAACCAGACUUUAUCUCCUACUCAAUCUCAGGCAUCAAGAGAGUUAAUUGUCGAUUUUUGCAUAAACGUAUCCUUCUCUCUUGAUCGUACUGAAAAACAAGUUCAAAGGGAUAUGAAUCACUUUUUUCAACUAUGUGACGUUCAUAUGAAUCGAAUUCUUCCCGACGAUGUGGAUAUAAAGAUAAUACAGCUUCAGAAUAGAUG